GCCGUCUCUUUCACGUAUCCACAACAUGUUUCGUGAUCUGGCUCAGCUUCGAGCUUCUUUUAUAUCUGCUUGGAGCAUCCGCAGCAAUUGGCGCUCAUCGUCUUCGACAAAUCAGAUGAUGCUGUCACGCGAUCCCUGUGCAUGCCCUAUUUCCUCCCUUCAUACAUGCGUCUCUGUCUUCGGGACAUCCAAAAUUGGUGAAAUGCUCAGACUAUGCUACAUGCGAGGUAUGCCGAAGCCCCCACCUUCAAGCAUCUACAAACUUUAUUGCGCAAAGCAACUAAAGGCUGGCUUAAAGAUGGCUGAUGUUGCUAUCAUGUGGAAAACUAAAGUCACAGAAGCCGAGAAAGAAGUGAGUUCCUCCCCCUCUCCCCACAUGCAUAAUCUGCAUUUUUGGAUUCCUUUUCUCGUUCUUCUUUCGGAACUAGACGCGCAUUUGUACACUGUGCGUUCAAUUACUACCGACUGACAGGUGUAUCGCGCUGAUAGAACUCCUGUCACUACACUGUGAUACUCGACUCCCUUAGCACGGCGCGCUUUGUGUCACAAAAGUUGAUUAAUUUGAUAGUGGGUUCCAACCGCUACUGGCAAUCCAAUGCUAUGAGUGAGUCUCCGGACAAAUAUAUAACUUUAUGAGUCAUUGUUAUUCUGGGCCGUUACACUUUUACAAACAAUACUGAACCUAUGUGGCUCCGGUAGAGAACUUGUGCAGAUCAAUCCUGAGUAGUCCUGGAAAGUGCAGCUGUGCCACCUAUGUGCGCGCGGCAGCCGGUGUCCGCAACACUGAGGACACGUAUCAAAUACAUUUUCCUUCCUUUCACAAAAACCGACUUUGUCGUGUAACGUUUCCCGACAUGCUUGUCUCAUAGUCCAUUUUCGUUAUGGUUACCAAGGCCGCACCGGACUACUCUGAUUGGCUGUCCAAAGAACCCUGUCCGCUGUGAUCGGUCUAUUAAAAAUUCAAGGUUGCAGUUACCGGUUUAAUGGCGGCCAGACGCGACAACUACGGGACGCAGAUUAACGAUAUUUAUGUGUUCUUAGUGAUCUUGAAAGUUCUCUGUUCUCUUAUAUUCUUUACUUCCCAACAAUGCUAUUCGAUUGUCCGAGAACAUUCUUUUACUCAAACAAGUGAUUAUUCUACUUGAUUUUUGGGGAAGGGUUGAAAUUUGGUCCAUGUGGGACUCAGUAAUCUUUUCCUUAGGAGGUGCUCCUCCCAACAAUUCCCCGUUUGUAGUACACUCUCUGGGCUUGACCUGGUGCGGCGUGAUGGGCUUGCCAAUGAUCCGUCCAUCUUCCCGUCCGACAGUCAGGUGCAAGAGAGUUUGGUGAGCUGAUAGACUUAUCUUACUGAACAGCCUUUGUCGUUGAUAGUUUGAACUUGUCCAGAAAUAUUUCAAGAAGGAUGGUUAGGGCAUCUUUUGUCGAAUAAGAUGUAGCUUCUGAGUUGAUUGAUGUGGCGAACCCAUAUGUCAUCGCCUACGGCCACUUCAUAGCAGAUGUGGCUUUAUCUUUUUUAACCAAUUCAUGUGUCCAAGAAAUCGUGUUGUUCAGAUAAUCUUUUGCCAUCACCUGUCCAGUAUCGAAAUGUCGCGGAAUACCAUGAUAUCUUCCGUUGUAUGGGUGCUCCAUUAUUCAAUUUUUUCAGUUGUGUCUAUCAAGCGGCCUUAUUAGAUCAAAUUUCGUUCGUGGCCUUCUGAGUACAAGCGGUUCUGCUGGAGAUUUUCCGUCAGGCGUCUGUGGACUAGACGUAAUCCUGUAUGUUAGCAGAAAAGUCUAUAACCUCUUGAACUGGUCCGUCUCCACGUGAACUGGAUGAUAAGGGGGUGAGCGCACUUGCUCCAUGCCGUGUAAUGCACAGAAUUCAUCACUGUGAAGAGAUACACUGAGGCACAUUAUCGGAUCCCAGUGUUCCCAGAAAACCGAAACGAUCUCGAGGUGUUCUACAUUUGAAAGAUAUCUUGCUGUAUGCUUCGAUGAUAAGUAAGAAGUUCCGUCCUUUGAUUGGCCCUGCAAAAUCAUGGUUAACACUUGACCAUGGUUUCGUAUGCGUCAGCCAGAAGAAUAGUUCACAUUUCCGCGCUGAUUUCGCUGCUGGAGCACACUUUGAACUCUAACGUGUUAGCUCCACAAUUUGCAAAUUCAUGAACGGCCAGCGCACGUCACUUCUCGCUGGAGCCGGGAUGUCAUCAUCAUCAUCAUCAUUAUACACGUUAGCUAGAGGUGAGAAACACCUCAGCUACUGUGCCGCAAUAC